AUGGUAAUAAAAAACCAUAUUCGACGAACAGCGUAUGUCGAUAAUGUAUGCUGCGAAUGCGGCAGUCCUUAUUCCAGCCCCAGUUAUCUUAUUAAGCAUAUGAUGGAAGUGCACCAAAUCCAAUUACACCCUCGAAUGCAAAGCAGAUCCCGUCCAACUUCUACGCAAUACGAAUUUGUGAAGAGCAAAUCCGAUCCUCAUCAAUGUUUAUUCUAUGGAUGUCCUUCUUGUUGGUUUUAUUGCCCUCAAGAUUUGCAAAGACUUGCUAAACAUAUACGGGAUACGCAUCUUGUGGACCUAGAAGACGGAUAUGAGACACCGGAAUAUGAAGAGGAAAAAAAUGUAGUCUAUGAGCAUCGAAACCCUGUUGCAGAAAAGGAAAUAUUUGAAAAGAUUAUUGAUAUUACAAACAAUUUUAAAAAGUUGUUUAGUACAAAAUAG